CGGGGGGGGCGGAAAAUCCGAACGGCGGCGGCGGCCGCCAUAUUGCGGAGCUGUCAGCGCCCGCUGCGCUCGGCGCCUCGUCCCCGCCGCGAGCAGCACGAGGCGGCCCCGCAGCCCCCUCCUGUGAGGGGAGGGGGGGGGCACCACACCUCCCUGCCCCCCCGCCCUGAGGAGUGGAGAGCGCAGCGCCCGACCCCGGGGGCUCGUGGGGUUCCCUCCCCCCAACACCUCAGCCCGGCCCGAUCGCGGCGCGGCGGAGCCCCAGAAGAGGAGAAAGAGUUUGUUGAAGACUUAAGUGAGCAAGAGACUAAAGAAAACAAAAAUGCCGAAACCAAUCAAUGUUAGAGUAACCACAAUGGAUGCAGAGUUGGAAUUUGCCAUUCAGCCCAAUACCACAGGCAAGCAGCUCUUUGAUCAGGUGGUGAAAACUGUUGGUCUUCGUGAAGUCUGGUUUUUCGGGCUACAGUAUGUGGACAGCAAAGGCUACUCAACUUGGCUGAAGCUAAAUAAAAAGGUAACACAGCAAGAUGUAAGGAAAGAAAAUCCUUUGCAAUUUAGGUUCAGGGCCAAGUUUUUUCCCGAGGAUGUAUCUGAAGAACUAAUCCAGGAAAUAACUCAGAGACUUUUCUUCCUACAAGUCAAAGAAGCGAUCUUAAAUGACGAAAUAUAUUGCCCACCAGAAACUGCAGUUCUUCUAGCUUCUUACGCUGUCCAGUCCAAGUAUGGAGAUUACAGUAAGGAGAUACAUAAACUAGGCUACCUAGCCAAUGACAGACUUCUCCCUCAGCGUGUUUUAGAACAGCACAAACUGACAAAAGAACAGUGGGAAGAAAGAAUACAGAAUUGGCACGAAGAACACAGGGGAAUGCUAAGGGAAGAUUCUAUGAUGGAAUACCUUAAGAUAGCGCAAGACUUGGAAAUGUAUGGAGUCAACUAUUUUGAAAUAAAGAAUAAAAAAGGAACUGAAUUAUGGCUAGGCGUUGAUGCUUUGGGUUUAAAUAUUUAUGAGCACGAUGAUAAGCUGACACCCAAGAUUGGUUUUCCUUGGAGUGAAAUAAGAAACAUCUCGUUUAACGACAAAAAAUUUGUCAUAAAGCCAAUUGACAAAAAGGCCCCUGAUUUUGUUUUUUAUGCACCUCGUCUGAGAAUUAACAAGCGAAUUUUGGCACUGUGUAUGGGAAAUCAUGAAUUGUACAUGAGGAGGAGGAAACCUGAUACAAUUGAAGUGCAACAGAUGAAGGCCCAAGCUAGAGAGGAGAAACAUCAGAAACAAUUGGAAAGGGCACAGUUAGAAAAUGAGAAGAAGAAAAGGGAGAUAGCAGAAAAGGAAAAGGAAAGAAUAGAGCGUGAGAAGGAAGAAUUGAUGGAACGCUUAAGACAAAUUGAGGAACAAACAAUGAAAGCUCAAAAAGAGCUAGAGGAACAGACUAGAAGAGCUCUAGAACUGGAUCAAGAACGAAAGCGUGCAAAAGAAGAAGCGGAACGACUGGAAAAAGAGCGUCGUGCAGCUGAAGAAGCUAAGGCUGCUCUAGCCAAGCAGGCAGCUGAUCAAAUGAAGAACCAGGAGCAGCUAGCAGCAGAACUUGCUGAAUUCACUGCCAAGAUUGCACUUCUUGAGGAGGCCAAGAAAAAGAAAGAAGAGGAAGCCUCAGAAUGGCAGCACAAAGCUUUUGCUGCCCAAGAGGACUUGGAAAAGACCAAAGAAGAACUGAAAUCUGUGAUGUCUGCUCCUCCUCCACCUCCUCCUCCACCAGUUAUUCCUCCAACAGAAAAUGAGCAUGAUGAACAUGAUGAGAACAAUGCGGAAGCCAGUGCAGAACUGUCUUCUGAUGGUGUCAUGAAUCACAGGAGUGAGGAAGAACGGGUAACAGAAACACAGAAAAAUGAACGUGUUAAGAAACAGCUCCAGGCUUUAAGUUCUGAAUUGGCUCAAGCCAGAGAUGAAACCAAGAAAACACAAAAUGAUGUCCUUCAUGCUGAGAAUGUUAAAGCAGGCCGUGAUAAGUACAAGACUCUUCGACAAAUCCGACAAGGCAAUACAAAGCAGCGUAUUGAUGAGUUUGAAGCAAUGUGAGAGCUGUUAUUUUGCAUAUAUGUUCCUCGUAAAGCUGAACCACCAACAGAGAAAAAGCAGGCCUUUGCAGAUUUGAUGGAUUGCACCCCACUUUGCCAAAGCACUUAAUACCAGUUUGACUACAGUGGCUAGAAGACAAAUUUAGGGGAAGCUAUUCAACAGUAAGGCAGUCUGUCAUCCCUAGCUUUUGGAGGGGGGGGGGGGGGUGGAGAGUGAAAGCAGUUUUUUCCCCAACAUGUUUUGAGUUUCAUUGUUUCGUAUUUUUUUUUUUUUCCUUUGGAAACUGAUGUGAAGUAUAUGACUGACAAGUGUAUGUAUUACUUAAACAUUAAAAAAUAGGAAGAAGAAUGGAACUGAACCUAAACUGGAUAGGUACUAUUUCGUUAUGAAGUUUGAAAUUACGUUUUUCAAUGUAGCUGCACCGUUAAGAAUUUGAUACUGCUGACAUUCAAUUUGGACUUUUUUUUUUUUCCUGAGUGAAAUUCUUUGGUGUUUCAUGGCCUGUCAUCAUUGAUGGUUUUCUUUGCCUACCUGUUCACAAAGGUCUGGAUGGCAGGUGGUAGUUCCAGGAAGUAUUUUUAGAUGGAACACCACCUGUGGGCAGCACAUGGCUGCUGAUAGGCUUGGAUAAGUAUUGCUUUUCCUAGAUGAUUCUUUUAGAUGCGCAAAAUGUUCUGAUGCAGUAAAGGGAAAAAAAAAAAAACCAAAGCUUCAUGUGCUAUUUGCUUGUAAUUAUUUUAUUUGCUGUAGGGAGACCUGGACCUUUCUGGCAAGGGAGCAUAUGAAAACAUCAGUCCCAGGGAGGGGACAGUAUCCUACCUCACUACUAUAUACAUGAUGACUGGUCCUUCAAACACCAUGAAAAAACUGUUUAAAUUGAUUAUCACUACACAGUGAUACCAUAGAAUGCUAGGAGCCUUUACUCCUGGGACUUUAAGAUGACUUUAUAGUGCUAAAUACUGUUUAACUGCCUUUUGUUGAGUUUAAAUUGUAAAAGCAUCUUGUGUGUUUUAAAAGCUGUAACCUGUCACUGGUAUACUAUCUCCUGGGAGGGGUGUAGCAUGUGUGUGAGUUGGUUUGGGUUUCCCAAUACAAAAUGAAAGUUCCCAGAAUUGGAGUAGAAGUUUGUAGCUUCAGUUUUCAGUGAAGCUGGUGGUGUAAUUGUCAUAUCUGAUAUCAGAUCACUGAUACCAAGUCCUUUCUGCCUUGAAAAGCAGACCUGCUUUUUUGAGAAAUUUGCUUAGAAAAUGAAUUUUAGAAAUAACUUUUACAGUUAUUCCUUCUGUUAUAGUACCUUAGUAAAUAUCUACAGGGAGAGAACCCUGCUUUCUCUGAGGAUGGUUCAGCUCUUUUCUGUUUGAUAUUAUGCACUCAUAAAUUUACACUUAUCUAUUACAAUUUGCCAUUUUAUUAAACAUUUUUUUCAUGCACAAUAGAUUUAAAUUUCUUAUGAACAGUCCAACUAAAUGUUUUUUGUUUUGUUUUGCGGAGUUAGAGUUUGGCUAUGUGGGGUGACAUCAUGAAAAUAAAAUAUAGAUACAUUAAUAUAUUUUUGAUUUGUGGGGCUAAACAUACCUGGUUGACCUUGCAGACUGAUGUGCAGAUGGUGUGCACGUGCUUCAGAACGCUGCUUGGUGGAAGUUGGUGUUUCUACUUGCAGUACAUUGUAAGAACAGAUUUUUUCACACGCUUCAUAAACUGAAGCUUAAGCGAAGUAUUUGAACAGUUUGCCAUAGCAGGAGAAAACUCCAGUGAGUUUUCAUUUUUCCCUGGACAGUGUGCACUAACACUAAUACAUCAGUUUUAGCAAUGGAGGAAAAAAUACCAGUCCAGUUUGCUGUUCAUAAAUCUACAAUAUAUAGAGUAGGGCUUAAAUGGAUUAGCUCCAUUUAUAAAGCUGUGUGAUUUUUUUUGUUUUCUAAACAACCAGGAACAACCAUUUGUAAUACGGAUUUUCACAAUGAACAAAGUGGUAAUAGCUGCUGUCACCAGCAGUUGGGAACACUUACUGGUGCGGAAAUACUAAGAACACAUUUAAUGAUUACUUGAUGAAGUAAUUUUCCACAUGCUUCUUCCUUUAGCAUCAUGUUUUGUGUUGUACAAUUAAGCUACAAUUACAUCUACUAUUUUGGAUAACAUUCAUUGGUUAACAAUAAAGAGAUACAGUUAAUUUCUCUGAGGUCCAUUGUUGUUAUUUAAUAUACUUUUUUCUGACAAGCUUUACCAAAUGUACUGUAAUAGCCUUUUUCCAGAGCAGCGUACAAAUUGUGAUCAGUUUUUGUUUCCCACUCUGGUCAAAAUGGAACUUAAGAGAAAAAAGAAAUUCAAAUUGCAUCCCUAGAGAAUGGUACUCCACUUCAGAAGUUACCACAUAAGAGUUGGGAGGAAGCACUAGUGAUGGUCAAUUCAAAGCAGGAUAACAGGAUGUGAAUCAUCAGAGCAAAUUGGUUUUCUUGAGAACAGAGGGUAAUUUGGCCACAUAAGAGCUGUAUGGUUAAUGUAAGAACUUUCAAUCACUGCCUACAUAUUGCUUAGCCCCAGGUUGAGAAACCUUGAUAUGUUUUUUUAAUACUUACAUUAUAGUGGACAUUGCUGUUAAAUGCAGGGAUGGCCACAUGCUUUAGAUGAUGGCAAGUUUGUGAGCUUUUUCAGCUGUCUAAUAUACUUGGAAAUGGCAGGAACGGUCCCAUAUAAAUAGGCAUACAAAUUAAUCUGCUAAGCAGCUCUUGCAUAAAUUAGACCUCCUCUCAGGUGACAUUCGGUUCUAUCUUGUAUUUGUUUGGCCCUGCACUCAGUACAAGCACAUGACCCAGAUGACAGAAUUGCUAUGAUGAAUUAAAGCAUGUGUACUUGAUUCUUCUAAGUGUGCAUAUUUCUAGUUUUGUGCUUCUCUCUUCUUGGAGCCCUUCCUGCUGAAACGUUAGAUGUAAGGUUUCCCAUUUGUUAGAGUAUAGGUGUAUAUAUUAUAUAGAGUAUAACUUCAGAAUAUUGUGCUUGAAAGGGGAGGUAAGUGCUUUGAAAGGUGUUUUUUUAUUUUAAAAAAAAUAUAUACUUUUGAGGUGUAGAGAAAAGGUACAAAUAGUGCCACUAUUUACAGGCCAGACUAAUGCAAACACCCAGAGUGCCUUCAUGUGAAAGAAGACAUUUUGUCUUCUUGAAGUAGCCCACUCCACACAUCAAAACCUACAUUUUCUGUACUCUUUGAGUACGUGUUUCUUGUGUACUCUACUUAUUUUGCCAAAAAAAAAAAAGAAUAAAAUUCACAUCUGCCUUUUUAAACCUAGUUUGGAAAGCAUGAUCAUGCUUUUGCUUCUUGAACAGCACUAGAGAACGUGUCCAUAAGCAGGUAACUUAAAAUGUCUGGGCAAAAAUGUGUGUUGUAAAUGAAAUAUUUUAAACUUCUGAGGAGAAAGUACUUCAAGUAUGUUUUCUUAAUAUUUUUAAAGAAAAGGUAGAGUUUGAAAUGAUUAAUUAAAAACUUUUGCUUUUGAGAACUGUUACUCAAGCAUUUUCCAUACCUGUUCAGAUGUAGAUCAUAGAAAAUGUCUUGUUCUCCCCAAGACAUCAGAUUAGUUUUGAGAAUAGAGGGGUUUAACAAAGAUAUUCUAUCUCAGUGGGAUGAGGUGGUUGGUGCUAGUGUUCACAAAGAUACUUUCUGGUUGAAAAUAUCAACAUAAGCAAACUGAAAGCUACUUUACAGAAGAGCAAAGUUCACUUACUAAUAGUUGUCUCAUUCUCAUCGCCCAGCCCAAAGAUACAUUACGUUAUAAGAUUUUCAUGGGAAAUGCAGUAAGUAUCAAUGAAUUAGCAUAUGAACUGGGGUAAUUUCUCUUGGAGGAUAUGCUGGGUUUUGUGCUUGGAGGGAACCUCCUGGCCAAAGUGCUGUCAGCUGUGUGGGUGGUUAGGAGAUGGUUCUUGCUGGCUGCCGUGGGCACUGCUAGGUGGUGUGUCCCUCUGCACUGCUCCUAAGCAGGCCCUGCUGCACCUUUCCUCUCCAGCCAAUUGGUUUGAAAGUAUGCGAGUUCUACAACUGGCCCUUUUCCCCGUUUGGGGACCCAUUCAACAGUGAGCAGCUCAGGGCUGGAAGGGCUGGUGUAAUAGAGAACAGUGGUGGUGGAGGACUGUGAGGAAAAAAAACCCAAGCCCAAACAUGGGCUAGACUCCUUAAUUGGCCUGUUUAUUCCCUUGUGUUAAGGACUCCUUUUCAGUGCGCUGUUGCAACAUACAUACCUUCACUAUGUGUGACCAACAAUUUGUUCAGAAAAUUCAGCAGCCAAUGUACUGGAGGUAGUUGCGCUUCCCAUUUUCCAGAGCUUGAGCCCAGCUCUACAGGCACAGGCCCGUUCUCUGCUUUUGUUCUGUGGAGUCUCUCAUUUGUGUUUGCUUUACUGUUUGCCAAUUCUGGGUUGGUAAAUUCCUCCUUUGGAGUGAAGUUAAAGAAAUUUCUACUUGUUUUGCUUUUUCUCCCUUGCAUAGAUAUUGCUGAUGUAUCAAAUGUAUAUGCUUCAUUUAAUUUGAAUGAAGAGGACUUGCCCAAGUCCCUUAAACCUCUCCCCGAGAUCUGCAAUCUCAUGUCUUCACAAGGAGAGACCAUAAUAUUUGCUGCAAUGCCUGUGAUAGUCUAGAUAUUCAGAAAGAGAGAGAUUAUGCCCACAGUGUAGGGAAAGACAAAGUCAGCCAUGGGAAGUGGAGCUUUUUGAAUCGCUGGGAUUCCAUUAGGUGUUUAUAUUGGCUUUUGCAAGUACUGUGUCAAGAGUGUUUCUGUUCACAGCAGUAGGCUUUAGGCAGUGGAAGAAACAAGGGGAGGUGGAAAUGUGCAUCAAAGGAGAUGGCCUGGGUGGUGCAAAUAUUCCUAAUGCGCACAUAAGAGUUAAAUGUUCCCUGGGCUCUGGAUAAGUGGAUCAGGUUUAAAGAGAUCAAGCUCAGAGGUAGGACAAUUUGCAUUGCUGCGGUUUUUGCUUGUUUGGGUGUUCUUUUGGUUUCUUUUAAACUACCUUAUUUACUCAAGAGGAGUUGCUGUUAUCUGAAUAUUUAGCUGAGGGCUUUUAGAAAGCCUGCUGCCCAGCACUGAACAGUCUUGGAAUUCUUAAGGCCAUGUGUACCCAACCCGUCCUCCCUGUUAUGACUUGCUGCAUUUCAGCAGAAGACGUUCUCUGCAGCCUGAUAAUUUUGCCUCAAAGCAUUUCUGCCUUGGCAAGAUAAGAGUUGAGCUCUAGCUGCCCCACUGCUUGUUCCAGCAAUGCGAAACCUGUGUGUACCCAUGUGAAACAGUAAUUGCAUGACAGGCUCCGUGACCACAUAUGCUGAACUCUGCAGGAUCUCAUAUCAAGUCUACGGCUCCCUGUGGCCUCAGCUUUCACGCUUCUUAUUCACCCUUGAUUUCUUACUUAAACUUGAUACAGUAUUUAACUUAAUCUGUAACCUCAAUAGUACAGUACUAAACUGAGCAUCCAGUAAAUGGUUGACUAGCGCAUCAAAUUCUUCCUUAAAAUGCAUUAUACUGGUGACUUGAAGUAGUCUAGCUUUACUUUUAUUUAAACAGCACUUCUGAUUAAUUAAUAACCUCUAUGAAUAUGGUAAUUGCAGUUGUAUUGCCAGAAAGAGAUUCAUUUGCAUCGGGGCUGAAGCUGAAAACUUUUCUGCCAAGUGCACUUCGAUCUUCAAUGAAGUUACAAAAGUACGAUCUCUUGCAGCCCUUAGGAUAGGAACAAGGUAAAGAUCAGCAGAAGACCUGGGCUCUGCCAAGGCCUGCCAUUGCGCUUCUGUAAAUCUGGACAGUUUACAGCGCUUUAAAUUAGGUGCUGCCUGGUCCGUGAAGAGUUUUCUGGAAGGACCAGGAAGUGCUGUUACAACAUUUUGUUAAUGUUUGGUUCUCUCAUGGUCUAAAUCUUUCCUUUGUUGUCUUUUCCCAGGAGAAAAGUAGCUUUUUGAAGUAUUUAAGCUGUUGUUCUUCCCAGAAAAACAGGAAAUAACACUAAUAUGUUAAUCUUUAACAUGUAAUGGGACGUGUUAGAGUGAACAGUGAUGUGACCCUUCAAAGUGCUCGGGGAUAUGUAGCGUGGGAAGCCUGACUUUAUAUCCAGCCUGGGUCAAGUGAUAUAAGAGUAGAUACUUUCCAAGUUUUAUUGGUUUUCUACGAAAUUUCUAAUAGCCUUGAUGAUACAUGAAUAGCGGCAGACAAUUUUCUAGUGUAAAACCCCUGAUUUAAUAUGUCUGUACAUACAUUUCCAGUGUAAGAACCCGUUGCUACUUGCCUUUUUGUACGCUAUUAGGAUGUGCAUACUGUGUAUACGUAACUGCAUUGAACUGUGCACCCUGCACAAAAGCCUGAAUAAAUGGGUUUUAAUGUUAAUCCAAAGAAUCACUAUUCAUUUGAUGAUCAAUGUUGCUUAUUGCUGGACUGCACCAAUAUUUGAUAUUUUUUCUUUUUUUUUUUUUUUUUUUCUGAGAAGUUUUAAUUCAUUUUGUGGCACCAGUCCAAAGUGGAGUCUUGUGGAAAGCCAGAUAAGCCAUGGGAUGCUGGAUUUGCAAAGCGUGGCUCACUCUUGAAGGAAAAGAUGAGAGCUGGUAAUUAAGGUAACUGAGUAAUUGAGUAGGUGGACACCCAAAUUAUUAGCAAGUUCAGCUAGCGUCCCCUGGGAAUAUAACCAGACCUUGGAAACAUUUGGGACCUUCACGAUGCCUUCUUGCACGAUAGCCUCGUGCAUUGGGUGAUCCAGCAGAGGACUUAGAUCUGAAAAGGUGGCAGCCAAAGCCUUACAGAAUGCGUCCGAAACGGUUAGUUGAUAACUGCCCUGCGAAGGAGCUGCCUCUUUGCCUGCGGCAGCCACCACUGUGAGGGGAAAGAAGCCCUCCAACUUGGCCAAUACGCAGGCUUCAUCCUGGGAGGGUUUAGGGCCACAUCCCCCACCCCUCAGGGCUGUGGGUUGAGGUGGGGGCUGUGGGUCAUGGUCAGCCUCUUGCUGAAACCCUUGCAGAGUCGGGGGGGCUGUGCAGAAGGAAGGUUCUCUGCACCUCUAACUGGCAGUGGGUUACACCAAGGCACCACCAGUUGAAGCAAGAUCCAGGCUAUGCUCUUGGAGGGCAAGGUUUGGGUUCAGGACCUCGAGAAGAACAUAAAAUUCAGAGCUGUGGGAUGUUGGGGACAUAUCUAGGCCAGCACUGCCAUUCCAGGACCAGCUCUCCUGACAUGACCCAUGUAGAGGGGAUUAAAAAUGUUCCUGGUGCUCAAGAGAAUGAAGGCACGGUGGGCUCCAGGCAUUUUAUCUCUAGCCAGAUUUUAAAGUGUUUCUGCAAAAACUGCGGCUUGAAGCAGCCUUCUCCAAAAUGGUAUUUACUUCAGAUUUCUAACAGUAAAAGGUAAUAAGACCCUUUCAUGCAGGCACAUCUGCAGUACAACUGCAAAAUGGGUUCUAUUUAGAGUUGUACUGCCUUUGCUGAUGUCUACCUACACUGCUUUCUGGCUUCUGUUGUCAGUAUUGAAGUUCUCUGGUGGAUGUCCUGCAGAGGGGCAAUUGCACAAGAUGAAGGGCGAUGUACAUUAGCAGACAGCUGUAAAAAUAGAAACCUGAAUGUAAGCGAUUUUGACAUCAUGAAACCUUUCAGUUCUUUCUCACUGCAGAUUGUAGCUUUGUUCAACAAUGUAGCUGCUCUGAUGUGGCUGUAACAGAUCAGAUUGGUGUCUUGUUAGCUGGAAUGUUCACACCCACUGCUGGUGGACUGCAGGAGCAGGUUCCGGAAGGGGUGGCAGCUCCUCCACUGCAGCAGCUGCUUUCUGUAAGCCUUGAUGGCUGGAAAUCGUCACUCUCUUCCAUGCAGGAUGACAAUUGCGCCUGUGAGAAAACCACAGGAGGUUUCUCAGUCACUCUGAGGUGGGUCAGGAUUUUGCCCUGGUGAGGAUGUUGUUGAAACAACAGAUUGAUACUUACCCGUGGGUAAAGGCUUGUCUGAAGUAUUGCUGUGGUAGAGGUGUAUGAUGAAAAAUUCUGUCCUGUAUGGAAGGAAAGAGGGAAUUCAAUCCUGCCUAUGAAUACCUGGCAGGAAAGAGCGGUGCCUGGUCUGUAAGGCAGAAAACUUGACCUUGUCACCCUUGCCUUCACCUAUGUGCUAUUUCUAUGCUUGGUGGCUGGCCAGCGGCUGUGCUGGUCGUUGUGGAAGUUCAUCACGGGUCUUUCCUCUGAUUUCACAAGUGGUGUUUGCAUUUGUGGCUGCAGCAGAGUCUGGAUUUGGACCUUAAGCAUCAUCUAGUUCUGCCCCCGUGCCAUGGGCAGGGACACGGCCCACGGGAUUGGGUUGCUCAUAGCCUUGACCAGCUCCAGGGAUGGGGCACCCAUGACUUCUCUGGGCAACCUGUGUCAGUGCCUCACCACCCUCACAGGAAAAACUUUCUUCCUAAUAUCUAAUCUAAACGUUCCCUGCUUUGGCUUAAAACCUUUACCCCUUGUCCUAUCACUGCACUCCCUGAUAAACAGCCCCUCCCCAGCUUUUCAGUAGCCCCUUUAAGUACUGCAAGGCUGUUAGAAAGUCUCCCCAAAGUCUUCUCUAGGCUGAACAAGCCCAACUCUCUCAGCCUGACCUCAUAAGGGAGGUGCUCCAGCAUUUUGUUCAACUUUGUGGCCUCCUCUGGACUCACUACAACAGAUCCGUGUCCUUCCUUGCUGAGGACUCCAGAACUGAACGCAGGACUCGAGGUGAAGUCUCAGGAGAGCAGCGCGGAGAGGCAGAGUCCUCUCCCCCAACCUGCUGGUCACACUUCUUUUUGAUGCAGCCCAGGAUAGAGUUGGCUUUCUGGGCUAUGAGCACACACUGCUGGCUCAUGUCGAGCUUCUCAUCCACCAGCACCCCCAGGUCCUUCUCUUCAGGGCUACUAUCAUAAACCUACAUAAAUUUGGGGGAUUUUCCCAGUUCUGGGAUGGCCUGACUGAAGUUCUGCUGCUGCUUUGCUUUCCGUAGUGGGUGUACACUGGCAAGUUAGUGAAGGGAUGCCUGGAUGCCUCCUAAGGCAGCACUUGCUGACCUUCAGCCGGGGGUGGUAUGCCACUAAAUGAGUUUUAAAUGUCAAAAAAAAGGGUGGGUGAACAAUUAAAAGUUUAUUAAAAGCCCAAUUCAGGUUUAGAAUAGGGUAGCAGCCCCAUUACCCGGCAGCAUGUGGCACACUAAUGCUUUCCAUUUUUAUCAUGCUGACAUUUUCCUUUCUGAAACAAUGCUAGAGACGGUGCCCUUGCCAACCACAAGCAGCUCUGCUGCACCCUGUAUGCGCAGAGUUUCAGCAUUAAUUAAAUCACUUCAUGGCAGAAGGAGCCGAGGGAAACUAAUUUCUUUUUUAUAUAAAAUAAUUCCAUAAACAAACGUAACAUCAUCCCUCUGCAGUUCCCGGAGCAUUUGCCUUUUCUUGGCCAUGGUGACGGUAAGGAGAACCAGGCAGAGCCUCAGUGCUGGUGGCAAGUUGGUGCUGAGGGCCACCCUGGUUUGUACUACCCCAAAAAGAAAUGUUUAAUCAGGGCCAAACCCCAGCAGGUUUGCGGUUACCACCAGUCUGCAAAUAUGUGGCUCAUCCCAGAGUCACCAGCGACUGCUGCAGCAGCAAGAGUGCUGCCACGGUCCGUGAGAUGUCUGCAUAGCAGAACUGCCCUUCUCAGGUGGGAUGUUUUCCUAAGUUCAGUUCAUUCCCCUCCUCCCAAGGGGAGGGAAAGAGCAUUUCUAUUUCUGAAAUCAGCAAAAUAUAAAUUAAAUCCAGGUUUUUGUGCAUGCCUGAAAGCUUUGUAUAGGUGGAUAAAACCCAAAUUCCUUUUCCUUGCCUCCCAAGCAUCCCUGGCAAGACCCCAGUGGAGUUUUCCCCAUUCUUCCUGAGGGAUGGAGUGUCCGGUCACCCCAACCACCACAGCAGCUCCUGUUCCAGAGCACAGCUGGGAAUCUCUGUAAGGUGAGCCCGGCUGACGAAAGGGACCUGCCUGGCAAACACCCAUGGCCAGUUCCUUAUCCCCCCCUCUCCUCUUGCUUACACUUCAUCCACCUCAUGUAAAUUAAUAGCGGUGUUUAGUUUCUGUUGUGCCAACCUGCUGCUCAGGGCAAGUUCAGCUGAAAGGGGUGGGGUAGGGGGCAGAAGAAGAAAGCCCAACCCUGUCUGUUGAGGCUAUUAAACAGACACCAGGAAGAUCUUCUGCAUACCUACCACGGGAUGCUCACACAUGUCCCAUCCCCCGACGCAGCUGUUGGACAUGCUGGGAGAGGGGCCUGGGUCUCAGGGAUCGUCUGCCUGGACUGCGGAGGGCAAUAUCAGAAUGAUAGAAUGGUUUGGGUUGGAAGGGACCUUAAAGAUCACCCAGUUCCGCCUCCUCUGCCAUGGGCAAGGACACUUUCUACUCGAUCAAGUUGCUCAAAGCCUUGUCCAGCUUGGCUUUGAAGUCCUCCAGGGAUGGGGCAUCCAUGACUUCUCUAGGAAACCUGUGAAAGUGCCUCCCCACCCUCACAGUGGAGACAACCCAAAUGCUUUAAGAGAGACUGUAGGCAGCUGCCCAAAGGAACCAACAGUGAUGCACUGCACCGUACAGCUCAGCAGCCACGGAACCCUUACCUCAGGUCAUCGAUCCAUCUCUUCUUGCUGGAGACGAUCAUCCAUCCCAAGCCCUCUCUCUGCAUACACACUCUUUGCUCAAGCUCCAAGCAUUGAUUUACUGAAAAGCAGCUACAAUUCAAAGAGCACUUUUGGAAAGAAUGAUAUAUUUCCCACAUGGUGAGUGCCAAGGCUCAGCUGAGCUGAGGGCGAUGGGAGCACCUCAGCCAUCGAUGCCCCAGCGCACCCCAGCCUGUCUUCUGGCAAGUCCACCUGCAGAUCAGAAUAACGCUGUGCAAGCACAGAACAUUCUGUUGCAGACCAAGCAGCUUCAUGCCAGAGCUUGCAAAGCACACACUGCGUGAAGCCAAACAGCGUAUCAGCAGUGGCGCCGGCGGCUCAGGUAGUUCCUGCGAUGGGAACAUGUCACACUGCCAGUGGGGAAAGUGCUUCCCGCCCUUCGUAUUAAAUGCACUCAGCUUCCCAGCACUCCUCUGCUCUGCUGCCGAUGUGAUCAGUCACGGUUCAUGCACAUGAUGCCGAGUUUUGAGCUCAGCAGCCCUGGAGGUACAGCGCGGUGGUAUUUCCACCCAACUGCUGGGGAGGGACAUUCCCCUUUCACUCCAGUGCCUCCAUCUGCCCCGAACCCAGGCAGAGUCCAAUCACAUGCUCAGGCUACAGAGAGUAAAACAGAUGUUCACAGCUGUGCAAACAAUUUUGCAUUAAGCAGAUUACCCGUGGUCACAACUGAUGAAGGGCAACACUACAUGUCUUUUUUUUUAGGCCAACUGCUCGUUCCAUUUGCAUCUCCCUGUUUUGAUCCUUCUCGCAGGGCUCGUCAGCUGCUCCGGCACCUGCAUGUAGGGCUGGAGAGGGAAGGAAAAGGGCUCCCAGUAAGUCUGGCAUGCUGGCCCUGGCCAGGCAAUGACACUUGACAAUAAAACCAAUUGAACAGCUCAGUGUAUUUUGAAUAUUCAUUUUAUCACUGUCUAUAGCAGCUUCUGCUGCAUAUUUGCAUUCAUCAGAUAGUUAUUCUAGCCUAAAUUCUAUUAUAUCAUAAAUUCUAUUCUAUCCUAAACUCUAUUCUAUUUAACUCACGAUGUUCUAAGCUAGACCACUAAUAAUUACACAAUGAAAGAGGAACAGAUACGUCGUAGGAGUUCAAAGGAGACCAGGUCCACUGGCACGAAGUCUCCACCCAAAUUCUGCUAUUAAAUGACCAGAAUUGUUAUUUAACCUCAGAGAUUUUAUCUUUUCAAUAACCAAAAUAAGGGGGAAACACUUAUUAAGUAUGAAUUACUGCAUUAAAAUGAACUGAUAAUCUAUACUAUUUUCUUUUCACAUUUGAAUUCUCUGUUAUAAUUUACUCAGAGUGAGCAAUUUUGCUGUGCAGGUAGAACACAAAACUGUCUAUAACUCACUGCUGCCUUCUAUGCUGCUCUUCAGGGUUUUUAUUAUUACUAUUAAACAAAAACAGCCCAUCAAUGAGGAAAAUGAAUCUUUAUUUUUUUUUCUCUAAAAGCAGAAUCCAUGUACAUGGCUUUUUGUACGGUUUAGAAGGUGGUUUUACGAUGUGAGUAGUCACAUCACAGAAAUAAUACAGAACGACCAGUGAAGGAACGAAGAGCCACUUUGACAAUUGCUUUAUCAAAUAGCAAACGUUAUUUUUUAACUAAUGUUUUUGCCGGAGUGGACUUCAGGACAAUAUUAAAAUCUCACCUACUCAACACAAAUACAGAGAUAAUGAGGGGAAAAGAACUACACAAUUAUUGCUGCUGUAUCUGCAUUUCUGUUUCCUUGCAGAACGUUGUGUAAUAUGCUGGUAAAACAGUUUUUAAAUAUCAGCUUCAUUAAGAAUAUCAUUCACAUAAAUAAAAAGUAACCAACCAGCCAACCUGUCUUGGUAAAUUAGGCUUCAUCUGAGAUCAAGAGAAAAUAGUUGUUUCACAAAAAAAGCGGAGAAGUUUUGUUUUACAAGGUGAAGAGUAGAUCGUUACACCUUUGAACUGCUGAGGAUGGAUGUGCAUAAACAUCUAAGUUGAUUUGGUUUCUAGGUGUUCCCAAAGACCAUGAAUUGCAAUCCUGGCUGAAUGAUCUCCUUGCACCAGUGAGAUCUCACUGCCCUCUGGGAGCAGGUGGUUCCCAGCUGUGCUCCAGCUGUGCUCCUCAAGGCCCCCAGUCCUCCUGCCCGCUUUAUUCAGCUCUUCUCUAAUGUCACUGAAAUUGGCCCAAGCGAGUAGUUGUGCUCAAGUUGGGCGUAUGGGUAAGUGUUCAGGAGACUAUGAGUCCAAGAGGAGCACUACUGCAAUCAUUGAGGCUAAGGGACAAACAGAGUAAUAGAGUACGAGUAAUCCUCAUAACUAUGAAAACCACAGUGUAUGUGAUAGUGUCCGUAUCAACAUCUCAGACACUCUUGGUACCGCCAAGAAAACCCAGCGUACAGGAGGAGGAUUCACAAGCAAACAGACAUCGCACAUGCGAUAAGGUGACGAAGAUCUCCAAUUUCUGAUGAAGCCUUUAGAUACAUGAAAUGUACGCUAGAACAUCUAAAGAUGAAGUCUGAACAUCUCUCACAUUACCUAGCAGAAGGUUAGCUGGAGCGAUCAUUUAACACAGAUGAUUUUAGGAUUAGUUACAAGGUUAGGCUAAACAAUGUGCACAUCCACAUUUAAAUGGAACAAAAUUCUUCAACUACGCUUCUCUAAAAUUUACAAAGUAUAUAAAACGCAUGAUUUGACAUUUAUAAAACCUCAGCCCUUUUAUAAAAAAAAAAAAACAAAACAAGGCCAUAGUUUUAAGUUUAAAUCUAUUGUUUCUUUCUUCUCAUCAGAUUUAGUUCCUAUGAUAAAUAAAAAAUAUAAAUGCCACUCCACCACGGCCUUAUAAUGCAAGGAAUAAAUUAGCAAGAGUCACACUGCAAAUCAAAAUAAAUAAUUUCUAAACUAUUUUUCUUAAAAAAAAAAAAAAAAUUGGUCUCUUUAAUUGCACAGUACUUUAAAUUUUCAGUAGCGAUGAAAAGUCAGUUGGGUAUUUUUCUAAAUGCUCCAGAGAGUAUGAAAGCAUUGUGUCUCAUUUUUCAAGCUUUACACACUGCAAACACCUUGGUCAAACCAUCAACUGAUAAAACUGAGAAAUGUUUUGGUAGUCUCUCACUGCAGCAAGAUGCUGCGGUAUGUCUCACCCAAGGCAUUCCAUCCUCUGGUGCUCACCUUGUUGGAGCAAACACCCCCGGCUUCCCAUUCCGUGUGAGGUACUCUGGUUUACACCAAUAGCUUUGAUAUUUUUGGAAAAGCGUUCACCAGUAGCUACGACUUUCACAGCAGAAGAUCAUCAAGAGUUCAACAACAGUCCACAUACUCCAAGACUACAAAAAGUCCCCUUCAAGGGGUUCACCGGACUGGCACGCCUUCUUGUUUGGGGUGUCGCAUGGACACGUCAAGCUUUUGGCUUUCCCCGGAGCUUUUUUGCAGUGGAGGACCACGCUACAAUUAUAGACAUAUCAAAGAAAAUAGGAAACCUGAAAAGAUAUGAUCUUACCUCAGACUGUUAGCAGUAGUCUUAAACCCAAGUGUACGUGUGUGUAUAUAUACAUAUAUAUGCACACACAGAGAUUAUUUUAAAGAGAAGACAACAAAGCGAUUAAUACUGUCACAGCCUAGGCGUAUUUAGCUCAAAGUUAGGUAUCCGUGGGACAUAUUUAAAAACUCUAAAUACUGGCAUUGUUGUAUACAGAACAGUUGUGGGCAGAUGCCUCAUGUAAAUGUGCAUUCAAACCACUCCGUAUCUAUGUACUAUUCCUGAUGGAGCUAUAAUAGCUUGGGAUUGUACAUAAAAAUAUGGAGUUUCUGCUAGGUAUCAAAACAAUUCUCAGAUACUGAAGAAAAGGGAAAGUGCUGCCCUCUUCUCAGCCGUGGGAUAGACCCAACUUGGAGGUACUUAAUCCUUCACUGCAAUUCUAGCACUCAGCUGGGACAAAGACCAUAUCACCGAACGACCUUUACUGUUCAGGUCACACAGGAUGUUACAGGUCAGUUAUUUGUAUCAAUAACACCGACAAAUGUAGUAUCUGACGAGCAUCACUCCAUUAACGUUUAUUACUGGUGUCCUCUCUAAAGGCUGUUAAAUAUCAAGACUGAUCUCUUCAUUGUGGAGGAGUUCACAUGCAACUCCACAUUCUUUCUGUUAUCACAGCAAAACCAAAGGCAGUAUCAGGGCCAAUAUUUUUUUCCACAGUAAAUCUGCUUUACCCAACUUAAAAGAGUCUAAGGGGAACUAGCACAUCAUUGCACAACAUUAAAAACCACCAAAUUACUCCUGUUCUUUUACUUUUAAAGCAUUUUCAGUGCUUGAGUACAAAGCUAAGAACCUAUUACAAGAAUUCUCUAGCAAUCCACACACUUCCAGGGAUUCAAUACUGCAUUAAAUGUUAUGUGGAGGCAAUCAAUACUGGUUAUCCAGGUCCGGGUGCUGCAGCACACAGUCCCACAUGUUUCCUCGCACUGUUUUAACAACGUGGCUAAGCCUGCUGAUCCAAUACUCUAGGCCAGACUGCUACAUCUACGUGGUAGGAAGCAUUCUGAUGCUCAUGUGAUAAGGAAAAAGACAAAACACCUCUAUUAUAUACAAGUUCCUGUUCACGCUUGAAGGAAUUCAACUUUUGGCAGAAGUAAAUUCCUACAUAAAAAAUAAAUGUAGAAACCCAUUAAAAACACAAAUAUAACAAUUGCAUUAUUAAAACAGCUGCAUCUACACUAUGGUGUAGUACUUAAGUGUAAUUCGAUUUUAAAAAAUCUUAGUGUACGAAUAAGAUGAGAUCCAUUCCCCGGUCCAAACCUCAGCGUCAGUGCUGCAUCGAUCUCUACAUUAAAACAUGCUCUACAGAUGGCGACCAACCAAAUCCAGGGAAAAACUGUUGCCACAGGUGAAGAGGUCCUUUCCCUAAACAGACAAUGCAGGACAGAUGGCACAGAGCCCCUCGGGUGUCACCGCAGGGGCCGGCGAUGGCAGAUCCCGCAGCACGUCAGCAGUGGAAGCUGCACGAGCACUACGUCCUGAAUUGGUUUGCUGAACAUGGUUCAGAUUAUUGGAUAUGUCUAUAAGCACAAUGCUCUUUAGAAGCAUUUACUGUAUACCCAAACCCUACUUGCUGCAACACACAGUGUCACACAAGUAGUGAAAACUUCUUCGUAUUCAAAGGUGCUUGGACAUCAUUUUCAGGCAGCAUUUUACCUUUAUUUUAGUGAGUCCCCACUACAAAGAUUUUAGAAGGAAGAAGAUGCCAAUAGUUUCUUUUUUUCUUUUUCUUUUUUUUUUAAAUACGUGAAAUCAAGACAGACACCU